AACCAACAGAGUAGAGUGCUGCACUCCACGUGUUCCCUUUAUUUCCCCCUUCACUCCACAAUCCCAUUUCUUCAAUAAUCUCUCCGAGAUUAAUCUUCUCUUCUAAUAGGCUCUUGCGUUGUAGAAUGUGAUCUUAUCAGAUGUGUAGGACCGAGGAGCGAGAAAAAGAGAUCACGUGGAACAAGAGGGUGUGGGACUGUGGAGCAUGUGCUUAGGCUCAGGGGGAGAUAAGGAAACCCAAUAUAAAGGGCAAAGGAAAGGAAAGGGCCUCAUCUCCCGGAUCUUGCCUUUCUCUUCUCCUUCACAGCUUGCUCUGCCUCCCACACAUAUAAGCCCUACAACACACACACACCCUUCUCCCAUACCCUAUUCCACCUGGGACUCUAUCAUCCUCUUCACUGACCUACCUCAUGGCCUCUUGGAAGAAGACCAUCACAACCCCAUUCAAAAAGGCUUGCACUUUCUUCAAUCACCAGCCUCCAAGGGAACAUCCCAAGAAGUCUCAAUCAGGUCUUGAUUUGGGGUGUGGUUUUGCUGCAGAGCAAGAGAACAGAGGAACGGAUCUUCACGGUGAAGUGAUGGCUUGUGGUUAUGAAGAUGUCCAAGUCAUGUGGUCUAUUCUGGACAAGUCCAAGUCCACUUCUUCCUGCAAUAUCAGCUCUUCCUGAUCUCUGUGAUGAUCCUACCCAUAAUAACCAAUUCCCGCCCGCCAAUUAGCAGACGUUUUAGUGUGCUGAUGUUUAGGUCAUAAGUUGCAUCAUACUAACUUCUUCAAGCUAACUCCAUAACUAGCUUUUGAAUGUGGUAUGAAUGCACUUUUCUCUGUAAAUAUUGGGAGCAAAUAAAAGAAGAAAAAGGAAAGAUUGAUGUUCUGGUGUUCAUGGGUAGGAGGCAGUCUCCAUCUGCAAUUUUCUCAAGAUGUUCAAUAUAGGGAAUCCCCAUGAUUGAUAAACAAAAAUCAUGGUGAGAUUUUUUUUUUUCCUUCAAUUGAAAACUAGAUUUUUUUUUUUUGUUCUUUUUUCUAAUUUGUUUCCUUCUAUAUCUGCUUUCUUCUAUCUCUGCCUUAUCUCCUGUGUAUGGUCUAUGGGAAGAAGAAAGAUAGGAUUCCAUGGGAUCCCACCACGCAUGAUUGAAAUGAAUAUUGUACUGUUUAGGUGACGUUGACGUGAUUAUUUUCCUCGUGAAAUGCCUUGAAAUGCUCAAGCUUUUUGUUCUUCCAUGAUCUCGUUGACCCAGUCAUUAGUAACUUUGAGUGUUA